GAAUUUAAUUAUUAAUACAAUGAUGAAGAAGAGGAAGUCAAACACAUUUAUCAUCACUGAUAUGACUGACAAUGAAUGUCAUAAUAAAGUGGUAAAUGAAGAACUAAAACAAAUGACUGAAAAGCCAAACGUUGAGAAAUCUUUGCAAAAACCAAACAAAUCACAGAAAACGAAGAAAAGACAAUCUGGUGACCAAAGUCUGGACAUUAAACAGACAGAAAAUAGUCGUUUAGAAAAACCGUUUAAAAUAAAUAAAUUUUGGGAGAAAUGUAUGGAAAAACGCAAAGAAAAAGGUUUUACAAUUUUGCCGCAAAAAAUUGAAACGAAGAUAUAUCUGAUGAAAAAAGCUUUGAGACGUAAAAAUCUAUCCGAAGAUGAAAUCAGAGAUAUUGUACGCAAAAGACGUCGUGAUGAAGAAAUGAAGUUUGCGAAGAACUCGAAGGUAUGCUUCAAAUGUCGACGAUCUGGACAUAUGGUCGCUGAAUGUCCACAAAACAACUCUCCGGAUGUGAUCAAUAUAUGCUACCGUUGCGGUUCAACGGAACACAAUUUGUCUGAAUGUCGUCAAAGUGGUGAACAUUUGCCGUACGCCAUGUGUUUCAAAUGUAAAGAGACGGGACAUAUAUCUCGUGAUUGUCCACAAAACGAAAGGGGUAUUUACCCGAAGGGUGGCUCAUGUAAGGCCUGUGGAUCUGUCAAUCACUUAAUCAAAGAUUGUCCGAUGAAUGAAAAAGAUAAAAAACUUGAACAAGAGAUCACUUUAAGUACAUUAGACACUCAUCAGAGUCUCGACGCAGACUUAUUGGAUGUGAAACCUUUGGACAUUAAAAUGGAAAAGAAAAAAGUGGUUUCAUUUUAA